AUGUCAGCAACGCUAAAGGACUGUUCUAAAGCUCUAGAGUACUUGAACGAGUACACCGAGAAAGAUGGGUUGUCUGCCAAACAACUUAUGGACUCGAACCUAAGAGGUGGCCUUACUUACAAUGACUUUCUAAUCCUGCCUGGAAAAAUCGAUUUCCCAUCGUCAGUGGUCGGUCUCCAGACUAAGAUCACCAAGGAAAUCACUUUAAACACACCUUUCGUUUCGUCGCCCAUGGACACUGUUACAGAGGCAGAAAUGGCGAUCCAAAUGGCGUUGUUGGGUGGUAUCGGUAUCAUCCACCACAACUGCUCUGGCGAGCAGCAAGCUGCGAUGGUGAGAAAAGUGAAAAAAUACGAAAACGGCUUCAUCAACUCGCCCAUCGUGGUGAGUCCAGAGACCACGGUCCAGCAGGUCAAGGCCAUGCGCGAGAAAUUCGGGUUUUGUGGGUUCCCAGUUACUGAAUCCGGUUCGCUUCCAAGCAAAUUGGUCGGUAUCGUCACUUCCCGUGACAUCCAGUUCAUCGAAGACAACUCUUUGUUGAUCUCCGAAGUGAUGACCAAGGAACUGGUCACCGCUAAGGUCGGUGUUACCUUGGCCGAGGGUAACGAGAUCUUGAAAACCACCAAGAAGGGCAAACUACCGAUUGUUGACGAAAACAACAACUUGGUCUCCAUGCUAUCCAGAACUGACUUGAUGAAGAACCAAACUUACCCAUUGGCUUCCAAGUCUGCCACCACUAAACAGCUGCUAUGUGGUGCUGCUAUCGGUACCAUCGAGUCUGACAAGGAAAGACUACAAUUGUUGGUGGAAGCUGGCCUAGACGUUGUUGUGAUCGACUCUUCUCAAGGUAACUCUGUUUUCCAAUUGAACAUGAUCAAAUGGAUCAAAGCCACUUUCCCAGAAUUGCAGAUCAUCGCUGGUAACGUGGUUACCAGAGAACAAGCUGCUUCUCUAAUCCAAGCCGGUGCCGAUGGUUUGAGAAUCGGUAUGGGUUCUGGUUCUAUCUGCAUCACCCAAGAAGUUAUGGCUUGCGGUAGACCUCAAGGUUCUGCCGUUUACAAUGUCACCCAGUUUGCCAACCAGUUCGGCGUCCCUUGUAUGGCUGACGGUGGUAUUGGUAACAUUGGUCACAUCGUCAAGGCUUUGGCCUUGGGUGCUUCCUGUGUCAUGAUGGGCGGUAUGCUUGCAGGUACCACCGAAUCUCCAGGUGAGUACUUCUUCCAGGACGGUAAGCGUUUGAAGACUUACCGUGGUAUGGGUUCCAUCGACGCUAUGCAAAAGACUGACAAACAGGGCAACGCGUCGACCUCCCGUUACUUUUCGGAAUCCGACAAAGUCUUCGUUGCUCAAGGUGUUUCUGGUGCUGUUGUCGACAAGGGCUCUAUCAACAAGUUCAUCCCAUACUUGUACAACGGUUUGCAACACUCUUGUCAAGACAUUGGUGUUCAGUCCUUGGCCUCUCUAAGAGAGCAAGUCGACAACUCAACCAUCAGAUUCGAGUUCAGAACCGCAUCUGCCCAGCUCGAGGGUGGCAUCAACAACUUGCACUCUUACGAAAAACGUUUGCACAACUAA